AUGUAUAGUUAAGCAAAUAAUGAUUCGUAAUUUUAAGCAAAUAAUGAUUCUGAAUUACUUAGGGUUAUUGAUAGAAUAAAUGACUUAUUAAGUAUAUUUGAGGAACAACAAAAAAAUCAAAAAAGAUUUUAAGUAACAAUGCUUGUUGGAGCCACAGGAAAUGGAAAAAGCACAAUUUUUAAUUUCUUAUCAUCCUUUGAAUUAUAAACUCAAAAAGAAGGAAAAUAGUCAAAAUUAAUCCUAAAAAAUCCAGAAGAAGCUGGAACAUCCCCUAUGAAAGCGGGCAUUAAAUCUAUAACCAAGGAACCUUACUAUUACUUUAAAAAAGAAAAUAAUCAUUUAUUGAUUGAUUUCCCAGGUUUUCAGGAUACUGAAGGUGUCAUGUAACAAAGAAUAAUUUAAAUUCUAUUUAAUAGAAUAGUUAUCAAAACCUAGAUCAAAAUAAUUUAUGUCAUUAAACAAAGUGAUGAUGAUUUAUAUGGUAGAGGAGGGGAGCUAUGGAAUUUUAUUAACAAUUGUUUUGCUUAAAAUUCAACUAAGGAAUUUCAAAAGAUAAUAUUAUUACUAAAUUGUUACAUGGAAUAAUUAGAAGACAAUGAAUUAAUAGCAUCUAUAUAAAAUCAAUUAAAAUCAAAAGUUAAAUAACCAAAUAAAAGAAUAAUUGUUAUAAGAAAAGUCAAAUCCGAUGAAGAUGUUCAAGAGUAUCUUAGCUAAAAAAAAAUGGAAGAAAUUUGGAGCAUUAUUGAAAAAUCCGAUUCAAUCAAGUUUAAAACGGCAUAAUUUUAGAAAAAUGGUGAGAUAGCAAAUUUCAUAAACUUAAGAUGUAAUUAAUUUACAAAUUAAAUUAUAAGUGAAAUAUGUAUGGCCUUAGAUGAGAAAAUUAAGUACAUAAACAUCUUAAAAUUGAAAACUCUUCUAGAAUAUUUUAUUGAAAUUAAACUCCUUAUAAAUAUAGGUGGUAAUCAAGCUAUAAAUAAUUGGUACAAUAAAUUAAUAGAAAUAAAUAUCAAAAUAGCAAAACUAUUGAAACUUAAUUUGAACUUUUAAGAUUAGAUCAAUGUUUUCUUAAAGAUUUUUAGGUUUUUUUCAUAAGAAGAGGACAUUAUAGACACAAGAGCAAUUUUAAAAGAUAGUAUUAAUUAGGUAAAAAAUUUAUUAGUAACUCAUGAAUAAAUUCUGAAAUAAAAAUUAGAUGAUAUAUAGAAAAAGGCUUAAGACAAUAAUCUAUAGUAAUUAUUAUAACUAUUCAAAGAAAUGAAUGAAAAAAUGAAUAACGAAAUCAAGGAAUAGAAUGAAUUAAUGAAAAAACUAUUAGGAUAAAAAGAAUAAGAAUUACAAUAAGUAAGAGCAUAAUUAGCAUGGGAAAGGGAAUAAAAUGCAUAAAAAAAAAAAGAAGAAUCAAAUUGUUUUAUCUGUUGA